GGUGCCCGGGGUGUUUUGGGUUCAUUUUUGGGGGGUUUUGGUUCAUUUGGGGGUUUUGGUUCAUUUUUGUGGGGUUUUGGAUUCAUUUUUGAAGGUCAUUCCUAAGAAAUAAUAAUUAAAAAAAAAAAAUUUAAAAGGAUUUUUUAAGAACUUCACCGUGGGAAAAGCAGAAAUUCCUGGCGGCAUUUUGGGAUUUUUUGACCUUUUUAGAGCACAAAUUUAAAAACAAAACCCAAAAAGUGAAGUGAAAAAUCACCGAAAAGCAGAAAAAUCACCCACAAAAAAAUUCCACUUCUCUUUUUUUAAAAAAAGAUUUUGGUUUUGUGGCAUUUUUUGCAUUUUUGACGUUUUUCCUGGGCUGGUUUUUGGGGCUUUUUUGGGGGCUCGAGUCACACAAAAAAACCCAAGAUCGGCUGAGAACACCCAAAAAACGGGAUUUACCUGGAAACAGGAGUGCAGGCUCCGGAGCGAUGGCACCACUCCAGUUCCUGGCCCUCCUGGCGCUCGGCGCGGGAAUUUCGGGAGUUUUGGGAAUUGUGGAGUCACCUGAGGGAAAGAGCCCUGAGGAGCUCCCAGCCCCCGUCUGGCUCCAGCCCCGCUCCCCGGGCUCUCCUCCCGCUCCCUCCUGGCUGCUCUGGGUGCCGUUCCGUGGCCGGCUCCCCGCCGACGCCGUGUCCAGCUGGAACCGCCGCUCCGGCCGCCCCGAGUUCGUCUGCUCGGCCUGGGGUCCCUACGGCUGCAACCUGGGCUCCUUCGACCCCGAGCGCGGCCCCUUCUGCUCCUACGCGUGGGCCGAGCGGGAGCUCCGCAGCCGCAGUUUCCACCUGCUGGUCAACCCCGGCGGCUUCGAGGCGCUGGACUGGGCGGACACCUCGUUCGGCAGCGCGCCCGAGGGCGCCGUGGAGGGCUGUCCGCUCACCGACCUCUUCGUGGGCCGGAGCGCCGACGGGCUGGGCAAGGCGAGCAAGGAGCAGCAGGCGCUGUUCGUGGCCGUGGACGGCGAGGAGGUUUGGUACAAGUGGUACCAAGUGCUGGUGGUGCGGCAGGGCCCGGCCGAUGUGUCCAUCGCCGACGUGUCCUACAACGGCAGCGCCGCGCUGGGCAGCGCCGAGAGCGCGGAGCUGGCCGAGGUGCUGGCCAGGAACGACGGCUGCGAGGCGGCCACCAAAUCCGUCAGCUUGGAGGAGGAGACCGAGGUGGAGCACGGCUGGAGCGCCGAGCUGCCGGCGCUGGCGGCCGCCAACGGGCUGCUCCAGGCGGCGCCGCUGGUUUUCACCGAGUCGGGCGGGUGGGAUUUGGGGAAAGUCAUAACGGUGCCGUGGGCGGGCGCUGCCAGCGCCGGCGAGUUCGUGUCGCGCCUGCACCGCACCAGCGAGGAGAUCCCGGCGCGCUCCGAGUGCGCCGUGGUUCUGCGCGGGCUCCGGCGAGAAAUCCGCGUCCCCUUCUCGGCCCGGCUCACCCGGGAGUUCCGCUCCGGCCGCCCGCACCGCGCGCUCGUCUCCGGCUGGGCGCGGACCCGCGCGGUCACCGGUGUCCGCGCCGUCCUGGGGCGCUGCCGCCGGCUCACCGAGCUCCCACCCUGCCCCAGCUAGCAGAUUCCAAGGAAUUCCUGGAAUUCGGCUUUUUCCUCCCCAAAAAUCCAUGGAAGCGCUUGGCUUCAGCGCGAUUUCCCCAAGUUUUUGGUGUUUAUGGCAUAAACUUCACCCCAAAAUGCA